AUGCCCUCACGCACACCCUCACCCGCUCCCCGUGGCCGUUCCCGCGCACGCUCACGUUCACGCACACCAUACUCCAGCGCAUCACGCUACAGCCGUUCUCCGCGCCGUUCAAUCUCUCCCCGUUCUAGAUCUAGAUCUGCAGGUAGAAGUCGGAGUAGGAGUCGAGGAAGUGCAGCUGGUGCUGGGAGGGCUGGAGGCGCGAGAUUUAAGAGUGAGAGUCGGGGGAGGAGUUUAAGUCCUAGGGGUCGUAGUAAGAGUCGAAGCAGAAGUCGGGAGAGAAGUGAGAGUGCUGGGGCUGGAGCAAGAAGUACUAAGGUCGUAAUCGAAAAACUCACCAAAAAUGUCACUGAAGAUCAUCUUCGUGAAAUAUUCGGCAGUUAUGGCGAGAUCAAAGAUUUGGAUAUGCCUAUGAACAGAAGUUUCAACACCAAUCGCGGUACCGCCUAUAUUCUCUACGUUUCUGCGUCAUCUGCCGAAUCAGCCAUAGCCCAUAUGCACGAAUCGCAACUCGAUGGUGCCAUGAUAAAUGUAUCAAUCGUCUUACCCCGCCGCAAGUUUAGUCCACAACCACCCAUGGCUCGUCGUGGAGUAAAUAUCGACCCAAGAAUCCCACUUGGUAGCGGUAGGAGUUCUCGCGGCGGUUUCGAUUCUAGAGGUGGUGGAGGUGGAAUGGGUGGCGGUGGAAGAAUGAUGGACAGGGAAAGAGAGAGGGGUGGUGAUACUUAUAGACCUGGUGAGAGAGACCGCGAGAGAUCGAGAAGCCCUCGGAGGCAUAGAACGAGAAGUCGGAGUUUGAGUAGUCGAUCACGGUCGAGAUCUCCGAGGAGAGACAGGGGAAGAGAUAGGAGGGAUGGUUUUAGAGGUCGCGGAGGCCGAGGUGGAAGGGACAGGGAUGGAAGUAGAGAUGGGAGGAGAAAGAGGAGCCCCAGUUAUAGUAGCUAUAGUAGCUUCGACGACAGGAGUAGAAGUAGGAGCCGAGGUCGAGGAGGAGGUGGUGGUGGUGGUGGUGGAAGGGGGAGACGCUAA